CAAGUAUCAGUGUCCGGGAAUUACGUAAGGGCGCCUUCCCUAGCACUGUGUCGUCUUUGUUUGGCUCUUGACGUUGUUUACAAGGGACCUGCAUUCUCUUGGGUUGAUUUAGGAGUAAGGGAACAGGCUGUUCCUGUCCAGCCAGCAAGCUUGCAGUUUGUGUGGUGAGGCAAAGAGCAAGGAGAUGUGACCAGUUUACAGAGGUAUAAAACCCCAUCACCAGAGCAUCUAUUGUCAUCUGCCAAGAAUUUGCCAUUAUCCCUUCAAAGCUAUUAAUACGGAGGGGACUGCAUUGCUGUGGGUAUGUUGGACUGUAGCAUUGGAGUGAAAGCACUACCUCACACUUCUGUUGAUGCCCGGGGCUUGGAUAACUAAAAGUUCGUGACUAGGGUCAAACAGACGUCCACUGUAUAAAAAGGGUGGGUUUGUUGUGGAAAUCCUCUGAAUAAUUCAGCCUCCUGGAGCAGCAGUAUUUCACUUACUACACUUCUGCAUCCCAUCACGAUGUUGAGUUCGACCAAAAUCAGACAUUCAUCCGAACAACCGACUUCAAAUAUGCCUCGCCCUCUGUUCAAGAGGAACGGCAGCUGGGACCCUAUCCGAGACUGGCCCAAGUCAAGCCUUUUAGACCAGUGCACUGGACCACCCUUUUUCCUGGAACCAGGUGACAUUAGUUGGGUAGACACAGCCAGGAAGACCCUGGAAACAUCACCUUGGCCUGGAUUCCUCUGCUUUCCUCUGGUAACUUCUGUUUGCCCCGAGAUAUCGCCUUCAUUUGGAGCUGGACAGCAAAGCCAGGUGUCACAGGUUGAAUGUGACCAGAAAACCUGGAAGAUCUCUUUGGAUGUCAGUCAUUUUGGUGCAGAGGAGGUCAGUGUCAAAACCAAAGAGGGCUACUUGGAGAUAACAGGAAAGCAUGAGGAAAGACAAGAUGAACAAGGGGUAAUUUCCAGGAGCUUUACAAGAAAGUACAAGCUCCCAGCAGAAGCCGAUCUACACCAGAUGAGCUGCACGCUUUCUCCAGAGGGGAUUCUUGUAGUGGAGGCACCUCUCGCUUCCUCUCCCAUCCCCUUCCCUGCAGAGACAGAGAUUCCCAUUCAGAUGCUGGAAAAGCAGUAGGUUUAGAAAGGUGUAUACGCUUUACUAGCUCCAAUACAGUGAUGUCAAAUCUUCUCAAGCUGCACAUCUGAUUUUAAUUUUUUCAACAAGCUUCAGUCAACUGAUAGCAUGUGCUUUUGUUUGGCUGGAAUAAAAAUAUGCAGCCAAACUGACCUGCUGCUGAUAAGAUUGAACCCCCUUUGCUUCAAUGCUUAGUGUGAAGCCUUCUGAGUUUAAACACUGUAAAUAAAGUGCAACACUUGUUUUUGUCCUCCUUUUUUAGUUUAAAUAUGCUUUGUUUGAGAUUUAAUUAAAUGUUUUUGGUACCAAAUUUACAAAUAACCUUAAUAGACACUGUACAUAAAGUAUGUAGACUUCUGCAUAGGUUUGAGGCAACCCUGGUUAAAUUACAAGCUUUUAUUUGUUUGUGUAAAAAAAAAGAAACCACACACCUGUGCACAUCCUAAAGCAUUUUUGUUUACUGUUGUAUUACCUUAAUUUAACAUGUUGCAAAAACAAAUGUUGCAUGAAAAGGUGAGGGCAGAUGUAUUACUUUAUCAUAUAGUUUUACAGUAAUUGUCCCAAUACUUUAAGUUUAUAAAGCAAAUUGAACUUUUCUAAAAUGUACAGAAAGGCUGUUGAAGUGUGUAAUUGAAAGUCCAGCAAUUACCACCCACUGCUUUUAUAGACUGAAUAACCAUAUGUCAACCAAUUCUCACUUUUGGCAGUUAUUUUCUUAUUUUCGCUAAAAUAAUCAAGAUGUUACCAUAAUAAGAGGAGAAUUUUAACUGCUGCCAUCAUUCUCUCUUAGUUUAUAUGGUGUCUUUUAUUCUAUGUAGGAUUCAUGUUUUAUGUAAUUUUAUGAUUUUUUGUAUUUGCCCAGGGACUCGAGUUGAAACUUGCAAACCUUUGACAAACUGGAACAUUUACUGAAAUGUUUAUUAUUGUGCACAGUCCCUGUACAUUACUUGCCAUUUGACCAGGGGUGCCCAAGUUUUAGAGAAGUCUAUUCCAGAAUGAUUUCUAACUACUUGCAUUUAUAAUGUUUCUGGUAACAGUUUUGCUUGUACUUUUACAGGGUAACUUUCUGAAAACCAAAUUACUGAAAUAAUGCUAAAAUAUGUUAACAUUUAUAACAUCUUGUAUUUAAAUAAAUUGUUUAUAAAACA